UUGUUGAUGUUCUUGUGUUUAAUUUAUAAAAAUCUCAUGAAAAGAGGGGGCAAGCUGGAAUAUGGGUAAUGAUUUGAAUGAUUUGAUUAUUCUGUUUUGCUUUUUAAAAAAAUUUAUUAUGGGUUCUUUCUUGGGUUUCUGGGGUUGAAUUUGUUUGGUGUUUUUGAAGCUCUGUAAUUUGAACACAGCCAAGAUGCUCUGUACAAUACACACCAAAAUGAACCCACCUAUUCCUUUCAACUUGCAGUACCAGACAACACUAUUUUGCUGCUUUACAGCCCACACAUUUACAUUAUAUAUAUCAAAAUUUUAAUUCCUAUAAGUUUAAUUUCACUUCCCCUUUUUGUUUUUCUCUCUUACUCUCUCUUACUCUCUCUCUCUCUCUUUUGCUUUUUUGGUUGUUAUUGAUCAUUGAUCGUUUUUUUCUUCCUUCCAUUUGAGUUUUGUCCACAUGGGGUUUGUUCCUUUGAUUGUAUUAUGAAAUGGGGUUUCGGUUUCUUUUUCUCCAUUGGUGUUGAAUUUUUUGAAUUGGGGUUUUGAGGUUUUGAGGUUUUGAGUUGAGUCUAGUAGAUUAAAUUGAAUUUCCUUCUCUCUCUCUCUCUCACUAUCUGUCUUUCUCUGUCAAGCUACAUUAUUACUCUUUUGUUGUUAUUGAUAUUAAUCCCUUUUUCUUACUUCAAUUCGAGUUUUUUUCCACAUGGGUUUAGUUCAUCUGAUUGUUCCGUUAAAAGGGUAGGCGGAUUUUUAAUCUGAUUUUAAAUCGAGUUUCUUUGUGGGUAUAUAUUGAUUUUUCUUUUGAGGGUUCAGAUGGUUUUGAAAUUGGGUUGGUUUGGUGGAGGGGAAUACGAAGCAAUAAAACUCUGAGAAGUUGUUGUCGGCGCGAGGUCACUUUCUGUCGGCAUUGUCUGUAUCCAAUGAUGCAUUUCGUAUUAAUUUAACCAAAAAGUUCUCUCCCACUGUUUCUUUCUGCUGCUCUUUAGCCGAUUUCGUCUUCUUCUUCUUCUUCUUCUUAUUCGAUUUCAACUUCAGCAUUUGCAGGAAGUUGAUGAUCGGAUUCCAUUUUUGUGAUUUUUGAGUUCUUUUGAUAAUAAUAGUAUUGUUACACCCCGUUUUUGGUUAGAAGACUCUUCAUCUGUUUUUGGAAUGUGGGUUGAAUUUCAUAUUCUUUACACACCACUGGAAGGAGAAGAGUUCUGCAAUUGCUGAUUGUCAAAUGACGCUAAGACUUCAAAAGAUCUGCCUCAUCCUUAUUACUUUCUUCACGAUUUCAGAUUCAAUGUAUAAUAGUGUGUAUAGUAGUUGUUAUACUGUAAAAAAGCAUCAAGGGUGAAGGGAAGAACCCACAUGAGAUGUCAAAGGUUCUUGCAGCAAUAUUAGGAGGUUCUGCAGGAGCCGUGGCAUUGGUGGGAUUGAUUAUUAUACUUUUAAGAUUCUUAGCACGCUCGAGAAACACUGCAAGAACUUCCGAGACUGGCUCUUCUGAUCCAUCUGUUCAAGUGGGAAGGCAUGUUGGUAUUGAAUUGACUCUACGAGAUGCUAGGCGUUUUGAGAUGGCAGAGUUGGUGUUGGCCACUAAUGAUUUCAGCGACAAGAACUUGAUUGGAGAAGGGAAAUUUGGGGAGGUCUAUAAGGGUAUGCUUCAGGAUGGAAUGUUCGUCGCUAUAAAAAAGCGGCAUGGAGCGCCUAGUCAGGAUUUCGUAGAUGAGGUACACUACCUCUCGUCUAUUCAGCAUCGAAAUCUCGUGACUCUUUUGGGCUACUGCCAGGAAAAUAAUCUACAGUUUCUCAUCUUUGAUUAUAUACCCAACGGAAGUGUUUCUAGCCACAUAUAUGGCACUGAGCAGCGUUCGGCUGAGAAGCUGGAGUUCAAGAUCAGACUCUCAAUAGCUCUGGGGGCAGCUAAAGGUCUGUCACAUCUUCACUCCAUGAGCCCUCGUUUGACACACAGAAACUUCAAGACAUCCAACGUUCUUGUAGAUGAGAAUUUUAUAGCUAAAGUGGCAGAUGCAGGACUUCACAAUGUCAUGCGAAGAUUUGACGUUUCAGAAUCAUCGUCCCGAGCAACAGCAGAUGAGAUAUUUCUUGCACCUGAGGUAAAAGAGUUUCGACAAUUUUCCGAGAAAAGUGACGUAUAUAGUUUCGGCGUAUUCCUUUUGGAGUUGGUAAGCGGUCAAAAAGCGACUGAUGCACCUGUUUCCAAUCCCAAUUAUACUCUGGUGGACUGGAUACAAAACAAUCAGAGAAAGAGCGAUAUUGGUAGCAUUACGGAUCCAAGGUUAGGGAAGAGCUUCACUGAGGAAGGUAUGGGUGAACUAAUGGAUUUGAUACUUCAAUGCGUCGAAUAUUCAAGCGAGAGGCGUCCAGUGAUGAGCUACGUGGUGACAGAGCUGGAAAGGAUACUGGAGAAAGAGAUGAACUUAACAACAGUGAUGGGAGAAGGAAGCCCAACUGUUACUCUUGGGAGUCAGUUGUUCAAAACCACAAAGUAAAAAAGGAAAGCGAAGGCUUGUUUGUUAGCCAAAAGUGUGGUAUAUGUGUAAUAAGAUCCUUUUUAGUUUCUUAAUUAUUUUUUUAUUUUUAUUUUUUAAAUAUUCAAUUCACUUUUUUUCCCCUCCACAUCAGAGAGAGCAAGAGACCUCAGCUGUUGUAAGUGUAUAAAAAAAAGAAAAAAAAGAAACAGCUGAAUCAUUCUUUUUAUCAAUAUUUUUUUUCUUUUGUGUAUUUAAAGUAAAUGUUGUUAAUGAUUGUUGAUUGUUCAUAUGGAAGUGAAGUGGUGAGGUUGGUGUGCCUUUUUUUCUUUUUAA